AUGCACUUUAAAGGACAAAAAAUACGGGGAGAGUGGAUGUCUUUAUGCGAUAGCGAAAAAAAUAACACAGGAAGUAGGGACCCGGGGACUGCAGGAGGAACCCGCAAUACGGAGACUCCAACAGGAACCCGCAAUACGGAGACUCCAACAGGAACCCGCAAUACGGAGACUCCAACAGGAACUCGCAAUACGGAGACUCCAACAGGAACUCGCAAUACAGAGACUCCAACAGGAACCCGCAAAACGGAGACUCCAACAGGAACCCGCAAAACGGAGACUCCAACAGGAACCCGCAAAACGGAGACUCCAACAGGAACUCGCAAUACAGAGACUCCAACAGGAACCCGCAAAACGGAGACUCCAACAGGAACUCGCAAUACAGAGACUCCAACAGGAACCCGUAAUACGGAAACUCCAACAGGAAUCCGCAAUACGGAGACUGCAGAAGGAACCCGCAAUAAUUCAGACAGUCUCAUAUUCUGCUAUGAAUUAUGA